GUCAUAGAACAACCUAGGGGUGUUGUCCACACAAGGCUAAAAAUAAAAAGACCAUCAUUACCCGCAGCUACCUGCGGAUCCCUAGAACCCUGCUUAUAUAGACAUGUACACACGGGAGCAGGUGGUGUUUCACUACUUAGGCCAUCCCUCAGGAUAGUAACCUAUCACAAAUAA